GACCAACCCGACAUGUUUACCUGACAUAUGAAAACCAGUUAUCUGAACCAGUUGGAGGUCGCAAAGUUGUUGAGAUGUUCCUUAAUGACUGGAACAGUAUUGCUCGACUGUAUGAAUGUGUCCUGGAGUUUGCACGAUCCUUACCAGACAUACCCAACCACUUAAACAUUUUUUCAGAAGUUCGUAUCUACAAUUACCGAAAACUUAUCCUUUGUUAUGGAACUACCAAGGGGAGCUCAAUCAGCAUUCAGUGGAACUCCAUACUCCAGAAGUUCCAUAUUUCACUGGGAACUGUUGGCCCAAACUCAGGUUGCAGUAACUGUCACAACACGAUUCUGCACCAGCUCCAGGAGAUGUUUAAUAAAACACCAAAUGUGGUGCAGUUGUUACAGGUUUUGUUUGACACUCAGGCUCCAUUAAAUGCCAUCAACAAACUUCCAACUGUGCCCAUGCUGGGUCUGACUCAACGCACCAACACUGCCUAUCAGUGUUUCUCAAUCCUGCCGCAGUCACCCACGCACAUCAGGCUGGCUUUUAGGAAUAUGUACUGCAUUGACAUCUACUGCCGGAGUCGUGGUGUUGUGGCGAUACGUGAUGGGGCGUACAGUCUCUUUGACAACAGCAAAAUAGUUGAAGGUUUUUACCCUGCACCUGGAUUGAAGACAUUCCUGAACAUGUUUGUUGACAGCAAUCAGGAUGCACGAAGACGAUCGGUAAAUGAAGACGAUAACCCACCUUCUCCUAUUGGAGGAGACAUGAUGGAUUCUUUGAUAUCGCAGCUUCAACCCCAGCAGCCACCGCAGCAACCACAACAACAGCCAUUUGCAAAACAGGCGGGAGCAUCGGGAGCGUAUCCUCUUACUUCACCACCCACGUCCUAUCACAACACGGUGACACCAUCUCCAUCUAUGAUGCACACACAGUCACCAGGAAAUUUGCAUGCCGCGAGCUCACCUAGCGGAGCUUUAAGAGCACCAUCACCAGCAUCCUUUGGUCCAACUCCUUCACCUUCCUCUCUUGGAAUCACAAUAGGACAAACAGCUAACUUUGCCAGCCCACAUGGUACUCUAGACCCAAGCUCACCAUACACCAUGAUGUCACCCAGUCAGCGUGCAGGGAACUGGCCAGGAUCUCCCCAGGUCUCUGGUCCAUCACCAGCAGCACGGAUGCCUGGAAUGUCACCAGCCAACCCUUCCCUUCAUUCACCUGUCCCAGAUGCCUCUCAUUCCCCACGAGCUGGAACAAGUUCCCAAGCAAUGCCGACUAGCAUGCCUCCACCUCGUAAACUACCUCAGCGCUCUUGGGCUGCAUCCAUACCUACAAUCCUCACCCACAGUGCCUUGAAUAUUCUGCUGUUGCCCUCUCCUACCCCUGGGCUUGUGCCAGGACUAGCUGGCAGCUAUCUUUGCUCUCCUCUCGAGCGAUUCCUUGGAUCAGUUAUUAUGAGGAGGCAUCUUCAGAGGAUCAUACAACAGGAAACGCUACAGUUAAUAAACUCCAAUGAACCAGGUGUAAUUAUGUUUAAGACGGAGGCACUGAAGUGCAGGGUUGCUCUCAAUCCCAAAACCAACCAGACCUUGCAACUGAAAGUAACACCGGAAAAUACAGGACAAUGGAAAUCGGAGGAGUUACAAGUUUUGGAGAAGUUCUUUGAAACAAGGGUUGCAGGACCACCUUUUAAAGCAAACACCCUAAUAGCCUUCACAAAAUUACUAGGGGCUCCAACGCAUAUCCUCAGGGACUGCGUACACAUCAUGAAACUUGAGCUGUUCCCUGAUCAGGCAAGUCAGCUGAAAUGGAAUGUGCAGUUUUGUUUAACAAUUCCUCCCAGUGCACCGCCAAUUGCGCCUCCAGGAACACCUGCUGUUGUGCUGAAAUCCAAAAUGUUGUUUUUUCUCCAGCUAACACAGAAAACAACAGUUCCGCAGGAAGCUGUUAGUAUUAUUGUCCCUAUUAUUUAUGAUAUGGCUUCGGGUACAACGCAACAGGCUGACAUUCCCAGGCAGCAGAACUCUUCUGUUGCCGCUCCAAUGAUGGUUAGCAAUAUUCUAAAGAGGUUUGCUGAACUGAAUUCACCACGACCAGGUGAAUGCACAAUAUUUGCAGCCGUUCGUGAUUUGAUGGUUAAUCUUACGCUGCCCCCUGGUGGGCGUCCCUAGACACUUUUAAAACAAGGCUGAAAGAGACAAAACAGCAAAAAAAAAAAAAAAAAAUUAUAUAUAGUAAAGCCUUCAGUUAAAAGAGGACAUUUUAAUUUUACUUUUUUUUUUUUAAGAGCUAACUAUAAUAAACUGGCAAACUUUCAGGGAUGCACUUUCAUCAAAUGAUUAUCACCACGACUUUUGUAUAGUGCUGUUGUAUAGUGUGUUUUAACGGGAGACACUUCAGACUAGGUAAUAGAUUGAAGUAUCAGCUUGCUGGUAAUAGAUUUAAUAUUCUGUUUUAUACUAUAAAGAUUAUGAAAAUGCCAAACUUGUUUGUUUUUCUGUUUUUCUUAUGUUUUGGUGUAAUAGUCUUUUUUUAAGGCAGGUCUGUCAUUUUUGAAUACUGUAAAACUGUGACAAACUUUAUAUUGAAGCUGUAUUUUAAUAUGACUGCUUUGAAUCCUUAAACAAUUUAUUUGGGCUUGUUGUAAACAUGUCCCCAAAAAGCAAUAUUUAAUAAACUGAAUUAAAAAAA